AUGGCUCCUCAACUUCACCGGAACCCUCCCUUCCGUGCCGAGCACCUGGGUUCGCUCCUCCGGACAGACGAGCUCCUGAAGGUCAAGACAGCGUUCGAGAACGGACAAGCUUCUGCCGCGGAGCUCAAGGCUGUGGAGGAUAAGGAUAUCAAGGACGUCGUUGAGACCCAGAAGAAGCUGGGCUACCCCGCUCUUUCUGACGGAGAAUACUGCAGACAUAUGUUCUGGGGUUCCUUCUUCCCUGGCCUUGAGGGCUUCGAAGAGGUGACUGACGUUGAUGUCGAUAUCUUCCGUCCCUAUGCCCCCGAUGUUGCUGCCUUCUUAGCGGAGGGCCACAAGCCUGGUGAGACUGUCCUCUGCACCGGCAAGAUUAAGCACGUCGGCAGCACAUAUGUCGAUCAGUUCAAGUAUCUGGCCAGCUUGGUUGCCCCUGAGGAGGUCAAGAACGUCAAGCUCACUCUGGCUGCCCCCAACUGGUAUCACCUCCGAUACAAGUCGGGCAAGGCCUUCCCCAAGGAUGUGUACCGCUCGGAGGAUGAGUACUUGAGUGACAUCGCCAAGGCGUAUCAGGAGGAACUCCAGAUCCUGUAUGACGCUGGCUGCAGGAACGUUCAGUUCGACGAUCCCAACCUUGCUUAUUUCUGUUCCGAUAAGAUGUUGGAUGGCUGGAAGGCCGAUUCCCUGAACACGGCCACUGCCGACGAGACUUUCGAGAAAUACAUCAAGCAGUACAACGAGUUACUGUCCAAGCGUCCUGCCGAUUUCCACGUCGGCGUGCACAUCUGCCGUGGCAACUUCGUCGGUAGCCGUCACUUCUCCGAAGGUGGCUAUGACCGCAUCGCUACCCAGCUUUUCAAGGAGCUCGACGUUGACACCUACUAUCUUGAGUAUGACACUCCUCGUGCUGGUGGCUUCGAGCCUCUGAAGGAGCUGCCCCGCCACAAGAAUGUCAUCUUAGGUGUUGUGACCAGCAAGUUCCCCGAGCUUGAGGACAAGGAAGAGAUGAAGAAGCGUGUCUAUGACGCUGCCAAGUUCAUUGCCGAGGGCAACAACAUCAGCGUCGAGGAGGCCCUGAAGCAAGUUGGUGUCAGCCCCCAGUGUGGCUUUGCCAGCCAUCGGGAGGGCAACGCCAUUGAUUACGAUGGAAUGAUCAACAAGCUGAAGCUCGUUCGCGAGAUUGCCAACGACGUCUGGCCCGGCGAGCUGUAA